AUGUCUGACGCACCCGAGGACAUGGUCGAGAGCAUUCUGCCGACGAGAUGGAAUCGGAACUUUGAGAAGCUUGCCAACGACCUCUGUCCAACCUUGCACCGAUGGACUCGCACGCCUCAACGCGUCGUCAAGUUCGACAAAGAUGGGAGCCAGUACUUUGGUGUUCGAGCCACGCCGGCGGACUACCCUAUUGAUCAGCUAUCACCGAAGUCCUGGGGCAAGGGGGACGACUUCAUCCUCGAUUUCGGCAUCCAUAUGGUGGGAUACGUCUCGUUCCGCCUCGAGUCCCGGGGAUCACACAUGGACGCCCCUUGCAGGUUGCGCCUCACCUUUGGCGAGUCCCCUUUGGACGUGACGCUUGGCAUGGACAAUGUCAAGACGUGGAUCAGUACCAGCUGGCUCCCUGACGAGAUCAUCAACAUCGACAUGUGCCCUGAGCUGGUCACGUUGCGGCGCCGCUAUUCCUUCCGCUUCUUACGCGUCGAGGUCAUCGAUACCUCGCCCAAGUUCAAAGUCGCCUUCUCAGAAGUCCAAUGCGAGUGCGUCAGCGCCAUCAGUCAGGGACAUUCUCUGGAAGCGCUUCAGUUCAAGGAUAAGCUCAUCCAGAACAUCGACCACGUGAGCAUCUCCACACUGAGAGAUUGCAUGCAAACAGUCUUCGAGGACGGUCCUCGGCGAGACCGUCGACUAUGGAGCGGAGAUUUGCGUCUGCAAGCCUUAGCCAACUACAGCACGUUCAAGGAUUUCAACUUGGUCAAACGCUGCAUCUUUCAGUUCGCUGCCGUAGUCCGCGAAGACGACUCUGUGCCCGCUUGCAUCUUCGAGCAACCGCAGCUUACCCCCUCUUCCGAUUACAUCGUUGACUACGACGCUCUAUUUGCUGCCAUCGUCAAUGACUACGUUGUCGCGUCUGGAGAUACAUCAUCUGGUCAUGCCUUGUGGCCGACUGUCCUAGGCUGCGUGAAGCGAGCCAUCACACACCUUGAUCCUGAAACUCAUGCCUUUGACGAAGCCAAAGGAGAGGGCUGGAACUUCCUGGAUUGGCAACCGGGUUUGGAACACAGCGCAGGGGAGCACGGAGUUCUACUCUACUGCCUCAAAGCAGCCAACGCCCUGUCCCAGGUUCUUGGGAAAGAGGCCCCUUUUGUGGACCUCGCUGCACAAAUGACCCAGGCAGCGAAGGUGUUUAUCUCGCCAGACAAUGUCUUCAUAUCUGGUCCUAAGGCUCAAGUGAGUUACGCCUCAGCAUCCUGGCUCGUCUUGGCCGGUGCAUUCCCAAAGGAUGUGGCACAGAGAGCCUUGCUCAACACCCUCGCCCACCCUGAUGCUCUGAAGCCUCUCACACCCUACCUUUGGCAUCACGUAUGUGACGCGCUUGCAACUGUGGGGUUGUAUGAAAAGUGUGUCGAGAUCAUGUCCGAUUACUGGGGAGGGAUGGUGCGGGCCGGUGCAGAUACAUUUUGGGAGUGUUACAACCCGGAAGAUCCGCAGGCCAGUCCCUACGGUGAUGUACGGAAUAACAGUUUCUGUCACGCAUGGAGUUGUACCCCAACAUACUUGCUGAGAGAGAAGUUGAAGGAGUUUGUCGGUGUUAACGGCACGAGAUCAGUGACGGUGGGCGAGCUGGACGAGUACUGGAUCAAGUCUCGGCUAAGCUCUUGA